AAUCAACUUCUUUGAAUGAAUUCUCUAAACACCCAUAACGCGUUGGAUGAAGCUGCCGAUAUUUUUCAUGAAUUCUUCCGCGAUCUAGAUUUAGUGCCUUCUGACAUUCUUGCCGGCCUAAUAUUACUUCGAAAGGAACAAAAAGUAGCUCGUAAACUAAGGACUCUUCAUAAGUCAGAUAGCAUUGAAGAAUAUUUAUGUGAGUAUCCUGUAUCGGAUCAAUCUUUAUUUCUAAACCUCACAAACCAGGUUGAACUGGAUGUCUAUCACGAUCAGAUGUAUUAUUGCAACUAUGCGAUUGCUUCGUAUGGUCCCUUGUUUUAUUACAUCUACAAUCCAUUAACCGGAGUUUGUAAGAUGACACAAAGCUGCAUGUGUGGUCACAAUGGAUGCUGUUUAUCAAACCAGAGUUCUCAUUAUCCAUUGACAUAUGGUGAUCAUUGUUUCAAUUGUAAAACAAACGUGGUUCAACUGUCACUUGAUGAUAGUGGUUAUAUUCAAGAUACUGAGAUUGUUUAUAUUUCAUGGAAUAAUGAUGUUUACCAACAACCCUUUUUUGUUGCAAUUGAUCAUAACAAAAGAUCGGUUGUGUUAACGAUACGUGGAACACUAAGUGAGCUUGAUGCGCUUACUGAUGCCGUGGCUUCUCCCAUCUCUAUUCCUGUUGAAGGCAAUGAUGGGACAUGGAAGGGACAUAAAGGAAUUGUGAGCUGCGCUAGUUAUAUUCAAGCAAAACUUGUGGAGGAUGAAAUUUUGUCUCAGGUUUUUCAUUCUUCGUGUAAAUCGGUCAAUUACAAGUUUAUUCUUGUUGGCCACUCCUUAGGAGCAGGUGUUGCUGCCAUCCUAUCUAUUAUGUUACAUCCUACGUAUCCACAACUUGAAUGUUAUUGUUAUGCUCCACCUGGAGGAUUAUUAAGUUUUUCCGCAAUGGAGUCCUCAAAAGUUUACAUACAAACUGCUGUACUUGGCAAUGAUGUUGUCAUUAGAACAGGCCUUCCACAACUUGAAGUGCUGCGGAAUAAAAUUACCAACCUGUUGAAAAAAACUCAGUUACCAAAAUACAGAAUAAUUCUCGGAAACAUUUUUCAUUGUGGAAAAGAUUCUUCUGCUGAUCUCUCACAGCAUAUAGAAAUGUCUAACAUUACUGAGAAGUUCAAUGAAACUGGUGAAGGAAGUAAUUCGGCCGAGAAACUUUAUCCUCCAGGGAAGAUACUUCAUGUCAUAUAUCGUAAACAGGAAGAUCAAAGUUCUUGGUUCAAUUCAAGGAAAGAAUCUGUAGAGUAUUAUGCACUUCAUGCUGACAAUGCAAAUCAUUUUAAUGAAAUUAUUGUUUCUGGGAAUAUGAUUUCUCACCAUUUCCCACAAGAAUUGUUGAAAGCAUUAGAAAAGGUUCAAUCGUAUAGAACGAAGACUUCUGAUAAAUAUUCACAAGCAGCUACUCUUGAAAGUCAUGCACCGCUUAUACCAACAAGGAUAAAUAACCUUCAUGUUACAGAUCAAAGGUUGUGGGAUGAAGGUCCUUCUUGUUCAACCAACGAGACAAAUCAGAAUUUUUCGAGCAAUACACAACAAAGUACUUUCGCACAUUCAUCCGUGCACAACACAGAUAAUGAAACAUUUGCAUCGAAUGAUCAUGUGAUGCAACAGCAAGAACAAGUUGACCCUGUUCUGCUUGAGUUCGAUGAUCAAAAUAAUGAGAAGGAAACAUUGGAUGUAAAAUAUUUCCGUUCCCAAUCCAUGCCACCCCACCACAAGCAACAGGUGGAUGAAGAAACUUUCUUUCGAGCGCGUUUUGAACCAAAUCUCAUCCCAAAGCCUCCUCGAUCACAUUCGUUUCAAUUUAGUCAUAAGGUACAACAAUAGAUCAUGUGCUCACUGUUAAACUAUGCACUACACACGCUUCCAAACUUUUUUUGCUACAUUGUUAAUCUAUUGACCAAUAUCCUUUGAACUCUUGUGCUCUUUCUGUAACUUGUGCUAAAACAAAUCAUGUUGUACAUUGCAACUUUAUGAUUCAUGCGGUCUGUGAUGUCAUAAUAAUCAUGGUGGUUUCUAUACAGCUCAGCUUUUAUAAAUAUGUUGCAAAUGGUUAAUCCCACUUCAAGCAUGUUUCUUGUAUCUAUUUUUGAUAAUAAUUUGUUCAUCUUGAUUUUGUAUGAUUGGUGCAACAUACGCUGAUCUUGUAUUCCGGGACAUUUUAAGUGCUUUGGCCUCAAACACAGUGCUUUGGCUCAAAUUGCCUGAUAUAUUUUGAACAAUAAAAUUGUUCUUAAAUAAUAGAUAGCUGAUACAAUAAGCUUGCUAUAAGAUGAUGUAACUUAGUUAUAUUCUGUUCUAUGGGUUCACUUCGUGUCGUGUGCGCUUUCGAGUUCUACAAUAGGCUGAUCAAUCAGAUCCCGAAAUAUCGAAAUAUUAGGUGUUGCAAGUAAAUGAUCAAUUAUAAUA